GGCAUUGAGUGCUCAUGCGCGGUCAUUCAACAUUGCGCAUCCGUGAUUACACGCCAGUUCCACUCCAUCGAAACAUCAGGCAUGGCUGAUGAAAGAAGCUACGAAUACACGCCUCCUGAGUUUAUUAUGGCGGACGAGGCAAUUGCAAGUACAAGCUGUGGUGGUACCACGGGCGUUUCAUCUACUUUGGGCGCCUACACAACCAUUCCUGAUGCCGCGUGGAAGUACCAGUGGAACACACAGCCGACGCCGAUAACCGACGGGACUUACAAGGUCGAAGGCGUCCCUGACAAUGGCAUCACAAGUUACCAGCAACUGGGGUGCGUCAGCAGCAUCAAUAACGCAAGGCGCAGCAGAAUCCGCGCUGGCAUGGAGGCAGCAUCAGGCAAUUUUGAAGGCGGCGCCACAAUUUCCGAGAGCACCAUGGUUCACCAAGGGAACACGCAGUACCAACCGGCUGAAAGCACGUCCACCGUCUUCGAGCAUACAGACAAGACAGAAACCGGAAGCACUGGUCUCACACUUCCAGUCUACAGCAGCAGUGGCGGCGGCGAAUACGCAGUGGCCAGUACGAGCCCGACUGGCACAGAGGAAGCUUCGCGAACUUCGGGAAACAACGCUAGGAUUUCUGACGACGCGUUGCGUUACCAAGGAAACACGCAGCACACGCCAAUAACUGGCGAGACUUGCAACGUCGACGGUGUCCCUCACAGUGGCAUCACAAGUUACCAGUGCCUGGGGUCCGUCGGCAGCCUCUAUCACGCAAGGCCCAGCACAAGCCACGCUGGCAUGGAGAAAGCUUCAGCCACUUUCGAAGACGGUGUCACGAAUGCUGAUGGAACCGGAGGAAGGGAACAGCGAGUGUCGUGCGGUGUCUGUGGCAAUGUUUUCAGCAGUCGGGAUGCGUUACACAAGCACGCCAAUGGACACACGGGCGACACAACCUACAUUUGCAGAGAGUGUGAUCAAUCGUCUGCGAUUCAGUCGAAGUUUGCACGACCUUGCCGCAAGCGUUCUGGCGUAAACCAUAAAUGCGAAACAUGUGGUAAAUUGUUAGGCCGGGCUGAUAAUCUAGCUGAUCAUUACCGCACGCAUACAGACGAGAGACCCUACAAAUGCCCUAUAUGUGCUAAAUCGUUCCGGCGUUCUCAUCACCUAGAUGUCCAUAAGCGCACGCAUACAGGUCAGAGACCCUAUAGUUGCAAAACAUGCGGCAAAUCAUUCGCGAAGAUGUGGAGUCUCAGUGCACACCAGUACACUCACACAGACGAGAAACCCCACGUCUGUUAUACAUGUACUAAAGCAUUCAAAACCAAAAUAGGACUUAAGAGUCAUCUCAGCUCGCAUACCAACGACAGGCCUUUCGUUUGCAAAAUAUGCAAUCUAUCUUUUAAGCACCACCCCAGUCUCGCUCGUCAUUGCCAAAGCGUGCACCUGAUUUGAAUGCGGUAUCACUGCAGGAAGCGUGGAUUUCGUAUCGCAGAGAAACAAACCCUCGACGGACAUAUGUGCCAGCAUAAUACGUGUCAAUUAUGUGGAGAUUCAUUUAGAGAUGCAUUUCAACUCACGGCACAUCUCGUGAAGCAUAGUUAUGGGCAGCCGUAACAGUGUAAAUCGCCCGCGGCUUUUGCGUACUGCAGCGUGAGAGUGAAGCCAUGCAGGAAAACAAUGCUGACAUUCUUCGAUAAGAGUGAGAAACCAACUAAACGCAUCGUGUGCAGAGACCGGCUUCUUUUGAAAUUUAAAACGCCUUAGCGAAAUACACUAUGUAAAUGAUGCCAUCUCGUUUCUAGAAAUUACGAGGCAAGUGUUCGUUGCGAUAAAUAUUUUUUGUCGUUCAAUGUCGAGGUGCAGUGCAGGUUCUCGUCAGCACUCGCUGUGUGAAGAACAAUGUGUUCGCCAACGUAGCUUUAGCAAGCUCAUUUCGGGAUAAAUUCCGAUGGGCGGCAAGCAUGCGUUUCUUAAACUAGAAGGUUGAAAUACCGGCACAAAAUCUUUGACUAGUUGUUUAGUUAGGGAAACGAUGUGUGCAAACGUUUUCACAAUGUACUAGCAAACAACUUUUAUUGAGCCAUUACAAUAGUCAUUUUCGAUUGUGAAGGGAAGGCAUCAUAACUCAUUAGGAAGCCGCUAAAAAGAUUCUGUCUGAGGAAACUAUUUGAAAGAAUUGUGAACUCUAGAUUACAAAACUACUUAGAGGACAGUGAAAUCACUCCAAACACUACGUUUGGAUUCAGACUCAAGCUCUCAACUCAAGACAUCCUCCUACAGUUGAAGGAAGAAGUCCUAACAAAUAUACCAAGAUCGAGCGAACACGUUGUCAUGGCCAUCGACAUAAAGGGCGCUUUUGAUAACGUAAGCCACCAAGGAAUACUCGAUGGCCUGGCUGAA